AUGAAUAUUCAACGUGUAAUACCGAGAGUCCACGGUCUUUUUCUUUCACAUUUUAAUGUGAACCAACCCAGCUGCUGUGCAAUUAGAUGGUUCAGCAGUAAAAGCGAUAUUAAUGAACACAGAGCAAAAGUUAUGGCUAAAGGACUGCCAGAAAAAAAGCCUCUUCCAGGAGUUAAGAGUAUAAUUCUCGUAGCUUCUGGGAAGGGGGGAGUGGGAAAAACUACCACUGCUGUGAAUCUCGCAUGUGCAAUGAAAGUAAUUGAGCCGGACAAAGAAAUAGGUCUGCUAGAUGCUGAUGUAUUUGGGCCAUCAGUUCCUCUCAUGAUGAAUAUAACUGGAGAGCCUAUGUUGAAUGAUGAUAACCUUAUUGAACCGCUAUUAAAUUAUGGUGUUAAAUGCAUGUCGAUGGGGUUGCUAGUAUCCGGUGAAAACGCAGUCGUGUGGCGCGGGUUGAUGGUGAUGCAGGCGUUGGAGCGGCUCACUCGACACGUGGCCUGGGGUCCACUCGACUGUCUCGUAGUGGACACACCGCCCGGAACCGGAGAUACUCAUCUAUCACUCGCUCAGAAUCUCCCGAUUGAUGGUGCUAUAGUAGUCACUACUCCUCAAUCUGCAGCACUGCAGGUGACGAAGAGAGGCGUGAACAUGUUCGAGAAACUUAAAAUACCUAUCGUGGGUCUCGUCGAAAACAUGUCGCACGCCAUGUGUAGUAAGUGCGGGACCAAAAACUAUGUGUUCGGAAACGAAACUAAACAAUCGGCGGAUCAAAUGGGACUUGAAAUUAUCGAGAGCUUUGAAGUUGACGCUAAUAUGUCUGAAUGUAUAAACAGCGGUAAACCAGCUAUAUACGCUCUGGCAGACAGCAUACACGCGGAAAAAUAUAGACAGCUAGCGAAUAAAGUUUUUAAAUAUAUAUCAGAUAAGGAUAAGGAAGCGAAAGCAACCAAACAGUAG